AUGUCUUCUAGCGAGAAGGAGCAGGAUUCAUUGAAGACUGGCGUGCCGGAGUUGAGUGCCGCGGAGGACCACGAGGGGAAGCAUGUUGCUGGUAACGGCACUGGUGGUGAGGCGUCAACUUCAGCGUCACUACCACAACGGCAACAGCAGCAAUUAUCAGGCGAUGGCACCUCAGUGGAGGAGGAGAGUCAGGAUCACAGGCCGGCUACUCUCGCUCAUAUCCAGCAGAACUUUGGUGUCAUGGCCCGUGUCUUAGAACGGGAGGUGUUUCGACGAGGAUUGAUAAAUAGUAGCGUGGAGGAGAUGUACGCAUCUUUUUUUGUGAUAAGCACCGUUCUAAUUGAAAUUCUUAAAAGCGAAACGGAUCAGCGUGUUUUACACGUGCAGCUUUUGGAAAUGUUGCUGACUAUUCUGGAGCCUACCUACGGCAUUGAGCAUGCACGAAUGCUGGUGGCCAUAAUGGACCAGUCUGUUUCUGAUUUGUAUUUGUUCCAGGCGCUACUAUCAACAUCCUCACUGGAUGCUUUGGUUCAGAGAGCGGAAGAGUUCAUGAACCCCCCGACACGCUCCGUUGGCGCAGGUAUAAGUGGUGGCAUUUCUGGGAACUAUAGUAGUGUGUCAAAUGAGAAUGUGCGUAGCGUGCAGCCGACGUACAACAAUGCGUCGGCAGCUGUGCGCUCCUCAUACGCAGAGUUCAGUAAGGACAGACGUAUGGACCCAGCGUUGGAGCCAACCAUGCCUCGUGGCGCCAGUACCUACACGGAAGGUGGCGGCGCCCCGGCCUCCAGCCAAACAGAUGAUGAACCGACGCCGACAGUUACCUCGGGUUGGGCAAAUGUGCAGAGAAAGCAUGCUGAGCACGACCAUGAUGUGCCUGUUCAUCAUUACCAUCAACAGCAGCAGCAGCAGCCACAUCACAUACAACACCGAGUCCCUUUUAAUCAGUACCUUCAUCAGCAACGGCAUCAGCCUCCAAACGUAGCUCAUCAUCACCAGGUGGUUGUAGGAGCGGGUCCGGUGGCAUUACAGCAGCAGCAGCAGCAGCAGCAGCAGCAGCAGCAGCAGCAACAACAACAACAACAACAACAGCAGCAGGAAAAUCAUCAAACGGAUUCCUUCCCACGUGCACCGAUGCCACAGGGGCAGCAGAAAAGGAUGAUGGAUCGCCUGUCGCCUGGCACGCAGGAAUCUGAGGACUCACAUGUACGAGGAGCAAUGUGGCGGGGUUCACUCCCACCACCGGGAGCCCAGCACGAUGGGGUAACGGUGUCACAGUCAUCAUAUCACUCCCAGAACCCAUCGUCACCGCCUACGCUACACACAAACCAGCAUCAACUUCCUACCCCUAAUUCCCCAACGCAUUCCAGAUUUAUGCUGCAUCACCGUCACGUCACUACACACCUUGUGCCACCCGGCCCCACGGGGAAACAGGCAUCGCCACAACCUGCGACGCAGAUUUCUCCGCAGCUAACCCCACAUUUAACCCCGCAACCUGUCACGACGACAACCUCAACGGCAACGACAGCUACAUCAAUUUCCAAUCCGCAGCGCGUAAUGGUUCCUCAUCAUCAUCAUCAUGAUAUUCAGUCUUCACAGCUUAUGGUGCCCCGAGUCUCACCCCCAUCGCAAUCCAUCCAGCUUCUCGCGAAGCCGGAAGCUGUGAACUCACCUGAGACAAAGCCUGUUGCCCACAAUGCAGAGACAGCCGUGCCACAGCUUAAACCUCACCAUUUUCAUCAUAUUCCUUCUGGCCAAAAAGUUGUGCGCCACCCUCAACCCAAUGUGGGCGUGUCAACGUCAGUGGGUGUUGGUGGUGGCAGUGGCAGUGGCAGUGGCAGUGGCAGUGGCGGUGGAUUUAGUGGUGGAGGGAGUGACGCGCCAUCUCAUGGGAUUAUGAUUCCCACACACCAUCACAUGGUACAUUUUCAGCAGAUCCGACAAGUGGUCCCGCCGCAGCAGCAACAGUAUCGACAACCUACCUCGUUAACUUCAGGUCCGAUGUCUAUUGACGCGCUUAGCAAUGAAGAAAUGAACUGGACCUCGUCAGAGGCAGCAGCAAUGUUGCCAGGUUCACAGGAGAUUCGCUGCUUCCUUCGGGAACGAGGUGUGGCGGAACCCGUUAUUAAUGUUCUGGCUAAAAUGUUUUUGUCAUUAGAUGAAUUGAUGGCAAUGCCUCGUGAGGUUUUGGAUGAAAGGUUAAGGAAAGAAGUAUUGCCUUUCAAUAAUCGGCAGUAUCUUUGGGCAGCUUUGCAUCCAAGCGAAAAGCAAACAUCUGAAAAGGACGUCCCUGAGAUGAGUGAGCUACGCACCUUCAUCUACACUAAUUCCAUCCACAAUAACAUGUCUCAGGAAGGGGAAGAUGAGAGUGCAACGGCUAAGGGUAGUCGCACGGGCAAAACGAUGCUGCAAGUGCCUCAGCCUAGAACAUCUCAGGGUAAACUAUCUCAAUCAGGAAAAACAGGGGAACAUAAUGCGGUCAUUUGGCUUUCUUCGGUUCGUUUAUGGCAAAUUCAAUCCGUGCUUGAAGAAUUGUCAAAGUACGGCAAGGUGCUGCAGCAUGGGAUAUCAUCUCAUGGGCACGAUCUGGUAUAUGUCAAGAUGGGUGAGCACAAGAAUGAACUUCAGAUGGUGCGAAAAAUAGGGAGUGCCGUUGUGGAAGAUUACUAUCGUGUUUCUCCAGGGGAUGUAGAUGAUGGUGCCCCGCCGACGCCGACGGGACGUUCCGAGGACGCUGAUGACAAUGGCGCCAGUAAAAUCCUUGGGCAGAAGUCCGGCGGUGGGUUGCAGGCUUACCCACAGCAUCACCAUUCCCCCGUGAACCGUGGUCACUACGGGGUUGUCGACGAGGAAGACAUGGAUGGUGAUGAGAGCCGGAAUCAUCGCAAGGGGAGUGGUGUGAGGCAUACUAGAGGACGAGGUCGUGGCGGGCAUCACAACUACCAUCCUCAUCGUCACUCAGAAGGAGGCCACCAGACGGUCUGCAAAUUUUUCAGUAAAGGGACGUGUAAGUACGGGGAUCGUUGUCAGUUUUUCCACCCGACGAAGCAUUCGAGUCGGUCGUGA